GAGGCAACAGGGGAGGGAUCGAUCUCUCGGCGACCAUCUCCUCUUCCUCCCCCAAGCUAGCGUUCGAUCUUCCAGCCACUGACACACCGAUGGGGUUCGUUUCGUUCGCGGGGAGAGUUCUCUUCGCCUCCGUUUUCCUCCUAUCCGUCUACCAGGAGGUCAUUGAAUUUGGAGUUGAUGGUGGGCCAGCAGCAAAGCUUCUUGCUCCAAAAUAUAAUGCUUUUGCGAAUCAUAUCACCUCACAUCUAGGAAUAAAAUUCCCGGAAGUUGAUAUGAAACAUGUAGUUUCUGCUGCCAUAGCUCUUAAAGGCCUUGGUGGUCUUCUAUUCAUCUUCAGCAGUUCCUUUGGAGCGUAUAUACUGCUGCUUUACUUGACUUUUGCGACUCCAAUCCUGUUCGACUUCUACAACUAUGAUAUUCAAAAGCCAGAAUUUGUAGAACUUUUUACCAAGUUCACAGAGAAUUUGGCUCUUGCCGGUGCAUUACUCUUCUUCCUCGGCAUGAAGAACUCGACUCCCAGGCGGCAGCCCAAGAGGAAGGCCCCUAAAUCCAAGACCCUCUGACGGAAUCUGGUUUUGGUGGAACCUAAAAUAGAAGUGUACCAGGUGUGUGAACUUCACGUCCUUGUAAAACACUCCUAGAUUUUUUGUUUUUUCAAUGACAACAACAUUUUGUAUUCGUACCAGGUUUCCCUUCUCCUUUACUCUCUAUUAGUUUAUAUCAAGUGUUGACCCUUUAGAUGAUUUUGAUCAUUUAAUUUAAUCUCAUGUAUUGCUUUGUUCUUGCACUUCUCAUUCAA